GACCUUUAUCUUCUGAGAUGCAUGCACACAGCAGCAGCGGCUAACGUACCAGCGUACAGUGCAGCGAGUGUGAGCGCCCGCCGCAUGACCGUUACUUUUUGGUAUAGAGGCGGGGUAGAUCGGCUCCUAGAGGAAAGUGUUCUAUUCUGGUGCGCGACCCCCACUGGCCGCCAGCUUGGCACGGCCGACGAGGAAUCUUCUCAGUGGCCGACUUGAUGGAACGCGAGAGCAGCCAAUUUUAUCUCUGCUUUGCUUGGCCAGUAGUGGUGGCAUUGUGCAAGUGCGGCUUGUGCAGGGGCAUGCAGCUAGGAACAAGAACAAGGGAUGGUGGCUGCAGGCUGCGAGCCGUCAGGAGAGAUGCCGAACAGUUCAUUAAGAUGUGUCUCUCUGGUAUCCUGCUGUCUACUGAACAUUCAGAGGAGACAACAGGGCGCCAAUACACGCCCGUUCCAGACGACUCGCUUGGACGCUCCACGCCUGUGAGGUCGUAAUCUGAUGCAUACUGGCAUGCAGCAUGUGGGUUUGCAUGUAAGAUCGGGCGAGCUGCUUAUUUCGCACGGACGUGGUUGGACGAGGGUGCAGUUUCAUUACUGCUGGGACGCAGAUGAUCAGAGAUGUUGACGUACAGCAGGCAUCAGCUGAUGGGUGAUGGGGAGCUAUAUUGGGACGUGGUCGUCAAUGUCUGAGGCCAAACGCGCGCUCCACCGAGGCUAAUGUCAAUUCCGCAUGUUGCGGGUUGUCCACGCCAGCCAGGCCGAGGCGGAGGAUAUGAAGAGGUGAGAGGCAAGGCACAGGUGGCACUGGCUACGGGGGCUGCAAUUGAGAGCCACGAUGGGAGGAUCGUGUUAUUGUUGGCAUUUUCGCUUUGGCCGUGAGGGUAACCGUGCAGUGCGCCAGAUGGCUAGGCCGAAAUCAAGAGGGACACCGGGGCCGGUGAAUGUAUUUCGCGCGAAAUGAAGGAAAUCAAGAUGGCAAGAUGGGAGG